AUGACUCACGCAGCUGCCAUUGCAUUCACGAGGCGAGACUCACUCUCGAUUGCAACCAGCAACCGCCGCGCGAGUAUUCUUGGAGAGACCGGCCUGCACAGCGUGCAGCGAGGGACGAGGGAAGUGAAGGAGGCAAGGAUGCAAGCAAGAGAAAAGCAAGAGGGUGAAGGAACCAGAGAAGGAGGGGCAAAGGUGCCAAGGAACGAAGGAGCAAGAGAGCCUAGGAACCAAGGAACCAGGGAAGGAAGAGCAAAGGUGCCAAGGAACGAAGGAACGAGAAAGCAAAGGAGCCAAGAAACCAAGGAGCGAGAGAGCCAAGGAGCCAAGGAACGAAGGAGCGAGAGAGCAAAGGAGCCAAGAAACCAAGGAGCGAGAGAGCAAAGGAGCCAAGAAACCACGGAACGAAGGAGCGAGAGAGCAAAGGAGCCAAGAAACCACGGAACGAAGGAGCGAGAGAGCCAAGGAGCCAAGGAGCCAAGGAGCCAAGGAACGAAGGAACGAAGGAGCGAGAGAGCCAAGGAGCCAAGGAGCCUUAAGCGAAGGAGGGGCAUCCGGCGAGUCCGUGCGUGGCUCCAGAAUGGCAGGUGA